AUGACAGACAACGGUCCCCCGUUCUCGUCGAAGGAAUUUUCAGCCUUUGCAAACCAAUAUCGCUUUGACCACAUUACCUCUAGCCCUCGUUACCCGCAGAGUAAUGGUUUUAUCGAACGUAUGGUGCAGACGGUCAAGCAGUGCAUGAGAAAAUGUGCAGCCGUAGGACAUGAUCCAAAUUUAGCUAUGUUGGUCUACAGAGCCACACCCCUUACUACCAGCAUACCGUCACCUGCAGAGCUAUUGAAUGGACGAAAGUACAGAGCAUUACUUCCAACCAAAUCCCCUAUCCAGAAUCCUCAUUACCAGGUUGUCCGAGAGCAAAUGGUGCAAGACAAGAACAAAGUCUGCGAACACUACAACAAAACUGCGAGGGAUCUACCUUUAUUGCCACAAAAUCAGAGAGUGUACGUACAGGUUCACCCCCGAUAUAACUAG